AGAGCUAAUGGAUUUAGAUAUUUUUGAAGAAGAGGAGGAAGAGGAAGGUGUUAUUGAAGAAGUUGAGGAACAAGGUGUUAUUGAUGAAGAGGAUGAACAAGAUGAAAAUGAAGAUAACAAUGGUCAACUGGCAAUUAUCCAGCGUCAGCGAGCUGACACAUUUAUAGUUUUACCUGGUGUUAGGUUAAAUUCUAUUGUAAUUAUGGAUAACCUGAAUUAUAAAUAUUACAAAAAUGGUGCGAGAAACAAUAAAACAUAUUUGGUUUGUGAAAAUCAAAAAAAUGUUGCUGCACAUUGUCCAUCAACAGCUUGGGUCAGGACUACCGAUAUACCAAAAGGAAAUGGUGAUAUAAUUGUUCGGGUUCAACACAACCAUUUACCUCCAAAAGUUGACGUUCCAAUGGUGCACUUAAAAAGGUCAAUUGGUCUGGCUGGAACAAGUACCGGCAAUUUGGCUACUUCCAUUAGACAAAUUUAUAACCGGGAAGUUGUGUUAAAUCCAGAAGGUGCAAAAAACUACACGCAUUUACAAUCCCGGGUUUGUCUAAAUAAAAUGCGACGACGUCGUCGUCAAAAAAAUCCAACUACUAUUGAUCAUCUAGCAGAUAUCUUAAAUGAACCAACCACACCAACUUCAUAUACUUCCACCUUGCAGCGCCCUUCUUCAAGAUUUUUUCAGCAUGGUUAUCCAUUAAUAGUAGAUAGAGAACGAGUUGGUGUGGUAUUUGCUAAUAAAGAUGCAAUAGAAAAGUGUAGAGGAGAACUACUCCAAUCGAUUACUAUAGCAGGAGUAGAUGGGACUUUCAAAACAGUACCAAGGAAUCCUCCUGAUUUACAAAAAGGCUGCCUGCUGACUUUUCAUAUAGUUUUCAGAAAUGUGUCUUUUCCAAUG